AUGGAAGGCAAAUGGUUAGCACUUUUAUUUCUCUUCACAGUGCUCCAUCCUAUUCCAACUGCAAGUGCAUUUGGAGACUAUAAUAUCUCUGAAUCUAUGGCACAGUGGAUGAUUUCUGCUUGUAUGACGGAUAGGACGUGCAGGCCGGGUCGAGCGAAACAAGCUUUUGGCAUUCAUGGGCUCUGGCCUGUUAAAUCUGCGGGAAAGGCAGUUGUUUCAUGCAGGCCCUGCCACUCCUUUGAGGCCAGAAAGCUCCCACGCGCCCUCUUUGAACAAUUGGUAAAUUUAUGGCCAUCACUCUAUGAUGAUAGAUAUUACGAAUUUUGGAAAUUGGAGUGGGAGAAGCAUGGGUGUUGCUUCGAUGACAGCGGCUAUCCUAAGGAAGCGCUGGCUAAUUACUUUCAGACAGCCUUUUCCCUGGCACAACGUUACAAUAUCUGGGCGUAUCUAACUAGAGAAGGUAUAAAAGUAGAUGUUGCCUAUGAUGUAAGUGUCAUUACCGACGCAAUCAAGAAGGGUUUAGGAGAUGAGAGCAAUGUUGUUCAAAUCCAGUGCCGCAGGCUCAAAGGCAAAUUGGUGGUCACUCAGAUCUUCGUGUGUGUCAAUAAGAGAGCCACGGCUCUAACACAGUGCCCAACAGGAAGGCAAAUCCGUAAAUGUGGGGACAGAGAGUUCUAUCCCAAUACUUGCACGAAUGUAAUUCAGCUUGCCAAGUCAAUAGCUUCUUUCUCGUUGAUGGAAGCUUAA